AUGUAUAACACCGGCUAUGGCUUCGACCCCCGGCGUGGCGGCCGCGGUGCCGCUGCGAUGCGCUUCGACGAAUACUACCGCUGCUACCCAAUGGCCAUGGCACCAGGCAACGACCGUCCCGAGCUCAACUACGGCUCCAAGAUCCUGCUGCCGCCGUCGGCGCUCGAUAAGGUGUCCCGGCUGCAUGUGCAGUGGCCGCUGUUGAUGGAGAUGGUCAACGCAGAAAAGGGCAAGCACUCGCACUGCGGCGUGCUCGAGUUUGUGGCCGAAGAGGGCCGGGCCUACAUCCCGCAGUGGAUGAUGCAGACGCUGCAGCUGGACGUUGGUGACAUGAUUCAGAUCAAGACGACGUCACUCGAGCUGGCUCGCAUGGUCAAGCUGCAGCCACAGUCGCCCGCAUUUCUCGAUAUUAGCGAUCCCAAGGCCGUGCUGGAGCGCGCAUUCCGCAACUUUGCCACGCUGACCAAGGGCGACGUCUUCAGCUUUGAAUACAACGGCGAUGUGUACGACGUGGCGGUCCUAGAAGUCAAGCCCGAGACGGACAAGAUGGGCGUCAGCAUGAUCGAGACGGACGUGUCCGUGGACUUUGCACCGCCCGUGGGCUACGUCGAGCCGGACCGGAGCGCCCUAUCAGCGGCGGCCAAGAACAGCGGCACCAGCACGCCCCGCAGCGUGGCAGGGACCGGUCUCAGCGGUGGACUGCCGGCGGGCGGUGUGCUGCACAGCCAGGGCAGCAUGGCGCAGGCGAUCAACUACGAUGCCAUCGCACCGGGCUCGGCCGCGCAUGUGGGCACCAACUUUGAAGGCGAGGGUCAUCGGAUCGGCACCAAGAAAGGAAAGGGCGCAGCAGCAACCACCGCCUCGUCAGCGUCAACACCUAAGAAGCCGUCGACACCCGUAGCCGGUGUGUCGAGCAACAAGGCCGAAGGCUCUGGCAAUACGCGCCGGAGAACGGGCCCUCAACCAUUACGGUUGCCUGCGAACAAGCUGUUCUUUGGGUACCACAUCCGGCCGGUGAAGACCAAGGAGCAAAAGGAGGAGGAGGCAGCCAAUGCCGGCAAGCCACAAUACUUUGCGGGUCAAGGUCAGAGUCUGCGCGUGACUCAGGCAGUGAAGAAGAAGGGCAGCGACAAGGAUGACGAGUCUUCGGGAACGGAAAAGAAACCGCGGAGGUAA